AUGAGCGACGGCAACCCUCCCCCAGUCACAACAGGGCCAGCCAGUCUUCCAUCACCCAAUCCCACAGCAUCGUUUUGGCAAACAUGCCAUCCCAACAAAAUUGCAGACCACCGCUCGACGCCGGAUCUCCCAUCCAAGGCGGCCGUGGUGGUCAUCGGCACAGGCAUGUCAGGGACUUUCGCCGUAGACGAGCUGCUUCGUCAAUUACACCCCGACAAAGACAAAGACUCUAAUCCAAAACACCACCACAACAAUAACAGCGACGACGAGGUCGAGGUCGAGCUUCUAGUGCUAGAGGCCAGGACUACAUGUUCUGCCGCUACAGGCCGGAAUGGCGGCCACUUACAACCAGUCAUCCACGCCGAAAGCAGCCCCAUCAUCGACUUUGAACUCCGCAAUUUUCGACAUAUCGAAAGUCUGGUUCGCGACAACGACAUCCCCUGCGACUUCCGCAGGCUUCGUGGAUGCGUCGCGUUUUGGAACAAGGAAUAUUUCGAAGAAGCCAAAGCUGCUCUAGGGGAGCCCACAUCUGCAGCUGUCGGGCAUGUUCGUCCAGAUUCAACGUCCGACACGCCAGCUCCAUCGCAAACCCAGCCAGCAGCACCGGUGGCGGCCAUCACCAGCCCCCAGCAUCGCAAACUAGUGCACGUCGUUGAAGAUGCACACGAGUUAAGACAGCUCAGACUCCAACCAGGCGCCGUGGGCGCCAUUGUGCAGGAAGUUGCGGCGUCGUUGAGCCCUUACAAGCUCGUCAUUUGGAUGUGGGAGCGGCUACUCGAAAGGUUUGAUGAGGGGGUAUUGAAUCUCCAGACCAAGACAGCCGUCACAGCUAUUGAGAGACAGCAUGCAACAACUGUGCCAGGCAACCAUAUCAAUCCGGAGUUCAACUGGCUAGUCCGUACGACUCGCGGCCCCGUCCAAGCUAGACAUGUCAUUAUUACAACAAAUGCAUACACCUCGCACAUCCUACCGGAAUUCAGCACCUUGAUAUCUCCUGUCCAGGCGCAAAUGUCGGCUCUUAUUCCGCCUCGCCACUCUCCCUUCUCGACAGGCCGUCUUCUUCCCAUGAGUUAUGGCUUCAAUGGCAUCGGCAGUCAAGAUAGGGUCAUGGGGGAUUAUCUCGUGCAGAAUCCGCAUGUGGACAAAAGCAACCGGGGAGCAGGCGGUGGCGGCCAUCUCAUGUUAGGCGGCGGGAGACACCUUCCUCCGCGGAACGGAGUGGGCGUGAGCGACGAUUCCUACGUGGACAAGACGGUCGAACUAUAUCUUCGCAGUCUACCUGAACGAUUGGACCUAGGCCCCGAAAGAGACGUGUCAGGUUCUGCGCACCAGUCAUCCUCUUCUCCUGGCAUGCUCGACAUUGCGGCUUCCUGGACCGGCAUCAUCGGGUCCAGCGUCGACGGGCAUCCCUGGGUCGGUCCGGUGCCUGGAUCGCCGGGCCUUUUUCUGUGUGCUGGAUACUCUGGUCAUGGAAUGACCAAUGCUGGCCUUUGCGGACGACAUGUAGCUGGGCUGGUUGGGGCCAGUCUAAACCCAAGGCAGCCGACGACACCGGGCAGCAGCAACAACUGGGAUCUUCCGAGCCAAUACAUUCUCACCAGACAGAGAAUGGACGCUGCCUUGGGCAAAGCGAAGCAAGCUAAGCUAUAG